CUUUAUGCGAGCGCGAAAGCCCUGUGUACUCGAAGUCUGACGCCAACCGCCGGGCGAGCUCGGGCUCAGGGCUGGUAGCAUGAAUCAUUUUAGAUCACAUAAUGCACGGAUUGUAGCACUUUAUGGAGGUUCUAGUCCCUGCCAUCAAAUGCAGUCGGGCACGCACGCGCCCUUCCGUCGUCCUCUCCUCAUCGGCGGGGUUAUUACUGCAAAGGUAACUCCUCACAUAUCAAUUGACGGCACUUGACAUCGCUGCUUAUUGAUGAAGCAUUGAAGCUUACCUUCUGAAGCAGUUGCACUGCAGCACGUCGUUCCUAGUUCGCGUUCGCGUUCGUUCAGCUCUCGGCAAUAUUGCACACGAUACAGGCUGGACGAAUCCACCAUAGGUCUAGCAACCGAGGCCUCAUCCAAGGCGGUUAGGCGGCGUAGGAGCUGGUUUCGCUCGACAGACGGCAAUGGAGUCGGUGCGCGACACCGACCCGGAGACCGCGACGAGUGCCCAGCAGCUAGCACGCUCUCUACCGCUUACGCGCUUUGUUGAUAACUGUCGUCAACUGACCGUCGGCUGCACUCCUUGUGCAACUGUCAAUUCGCCAGCGCGUGGCACAAGCGCUCGGGCUUCGCCGGCCGACGCGGCGCCUUCUCCCACGAUCAAAUCGGGAGAUUCAGAGGCACCGGAGGUUAGCCUUGCUUGCUCAGGGACGUCCGCGGCCCCCUCGCUUCCAGCAACAAGAAUCGCGCCAUCCGGUCAGCUCCCGCUCGCACAAAUGAAGGAGGACUGCAAUGCGGAUGGUUCCGAGCAGCGGUUAGGGCCGGUGUGGCCAGCGGGCGAAGGGCGCCUCAUGCUGAAACCGGCGGAGGAAGGCCGGACGCAGCCGAUGCGCUUGCUGGACGAGCUAAGCCUAAGCGGUGGUGCCGCCCCCUUGCGGCCUCGCCCCUCGGGCGCCACCGCCGACAGCCCUUCGCCAUCUGCGUUGUUAGCGCCGCCUCCGCCGCAGUCAGUGCAUACCGCAGACUCAAGCGAGCGAAAGGACGCGGCACAAGGCGCCCUGGCCGUUGGAGAAGCUGCUGCUGCGGUUGGCGGCGGCGCGCCCAAAGCAGACCGCGCCGUAAAUGGCUCCGGAAAUGGCAGCGCGGCGGUGGCAUUGGGGCAGCCCGCUUUGGAUAUUGCAUUGCGCCGUACCAGUAUACAAGCUCCUGCGGCUGCGGCUGCGGAAGCGGCGGCGCCGGCCGGCGCAGUUGCCGCGGCUGCGGUGGACUUGGCAGCACCAGACGCCCCAAACUUUGCCCGCGGUAGCCGGACUGACAGCUCAGGCUGUGAGGAUGCGCCCUCGCUAGGUUGGCGCAGUGGAGGUUGCGGCAGCGGCGUGGAGGGGCGGCAACGGCACGAGUUUGAAGCCAGGGUGCCGCGCGACCCACGUCCGCCCCAGCAACAGCCACAGCCACAGCCACAACAAAGGCCUCUGCCGUCGCAGCAGGCUGGCUCGUUUGCUUCCACCCUGGCAGCAGGCGCCCCAGCAGGCAAGGCUGUCGUGCCAACCGCCAACACGGCAGCGCCGCCACCACCGGCGGCGGCAGGGUCGCAGCGACAGCCGUUUCUACAGCUCAGCCGCUCGGACAGUACUACGGAGGACGACUCCAGUGGCGGCGGCGGGGGCAAUUACGGCAGCCAUGGCGGUGUUGGCGGUUGUGGAGGCGGCGGCGGUGGCGGGUGCGGCGGCGGCGGCGGCGGCGGCUUCCCGCCGCCGCAGCCUCUGCCUCGCCACCGAUCGGAGGCGCAGCCGCAUGUGCAGGUGCCGCUGCGGCUGUCAAACGAAGGGUUUGCGGUAUUAAGUGGUGGCAGUGGCGCAGCUGGCGUGGGGCACGGGGAGAGGCAUGAUGCACGCAUGGGGACGGGGCGCGGCUUCGGGGCCGCGGCCACUGAGAUUGAGAGAAGGCACGGCCGUGUUGGUGCUCCUGCAGCCUCUGUUGCUGCCGAUGCCCGGACGCCUUCCAACGGCUUGCCUCAGCGCCAGUCGAGCCAAGGGAUCCAGCAGGAACAGCCGCAGUCGCAGUCACAGCCACCACUGCAGCAGCAACAGCAGCUGCGGUGGCAGCAGCCGCAGCAGCAACAGCAGCAGCGGCAGCAGCCGCAGCCGCUAGCAGGCAGCCCCUGGACAACCUCGUCUUCUGCUGCCGCCGCCGCCGCCGCCGCCGUUGCCCUGCAGCAGCAGCAGCAAAAGCAGCAGCAGCAGCAGCGGCGGCCCCCGCCAGGACUAGUGCCGCUGCCGGCUGGCGCCGCUGCGCCACGCUUUCUCUCUACGCCGGCAGCCGACUCAGUCCGCUCCCAUCAGCAGCAACAGCAGCAGCUGCCUCAGCGGCGGCUGUCGGGCCCGGCGAUGGUGGUGGUCUCGGGUGCGGUGGGCGCGCCGCUGCCGUUGGUCGCAGGUGUGGGUGGUUACGGUACCGCAUAUGCCGCUCAUGCUGCUACCCCUGCUGCUGCUGCUGCGGCGGGGAGCGGCCGCAGUGGCGGUGAUUGUGUUGACCAGCUCCAGGGCCGGCGGCGGUCAGCGGCUGACGUGGCAGCGGAGGAGGAGGCCAUGUGGGGCGAGCACGCGGCGGAGGCGCUGCUUUCGCGUCAGCAGCACCAGAAACAGCACCAGCACCAACACCAACACCAGCUGCAGACCCAGCUGCAGCAGCAUGAGGACAUGUUCCGCCGCCGCAGCAGCAUGAGUGGCGGCCUGGGGCUUGGCGGGCUCGGCAGUAGCAGCAGCCCCCAAAGUGGCGGCAUGGGCGGCGCCGCCGCCAACGGCGUUGCCCACCAGGGCGCGCUCCAGGCUGGGCGUGCCGCGGCCAAUGUGGCGGUGGCUGUGGCCGCGUCGGGCAGCCGCGGCGGUGGCUAUGAUGCCGGUGCUGGUGGCGAUGGCGAUGGCGGCGGUGGCGUCCGCGGCCAGCAGCGGCGCGAUUCAAACGCAACGGUGGGGUCGCUGCCCCUCUCCAUCUCACCACUGGCCGAGUCGGCAGGCCGCAGUAGCCGCAGCACACAGCAGUAUGCACAGGCGGCGCCGAAACUCGGCGUGUUGAGACCGUCAUCGGGCCUGGCGGCGGGUGCUCCGCCGGCGCCGCUGGCCGUUGACGAAACGAAGUCCGUGGCGGCGGCGGCGGCUCAGCUGCCGCUGAGUGCCCGGGGUCUGGAACUAGUGGCCCUUGGGCGUGCGCUGGCGGAGCGGCUGUGCCGAGUGCGGGCCUCCAAGGCGCGUCUGGCUGCGCUCGAGUCAACCAUCACCGCUGAGCUGACAUCCGUGCGGUCCGAGCUGGCGGGCUGCGUAGCGCAGGCUGCGGAGCAACAGCGGCAGCCGCAGCUGCAGGCGCCGCACGGCCCUCCACAUCAUGCUCCAGGGCCGGCCGGCAGGCCUCAGCAGCUGCAGCAGUCCUUAACAUCAGCGGCAGAUCCGGGUUCCCUUGCAUGGCGGGAGGACGCGGAGCGGUUUUUGAGGGAGGCGGGCAGCAGCGCGCCGGUGUCCAGCUUUGGAGCAGCCACCAGUGGCGCUGGCGUCGUCGGCAGCAGCGGGCAGCCCAUCCGGCGGAGCAGUGGCACCGGCAGUGGCAGCAGCCUGGGUGCUGCAUCCAUGCCGCUCCUGCCGGCCUCGACGGCCUCCCUGACCGCAGUGAGCACCCGCACGCCGUCCAGCGGCGCCGCCUUGACCCGCCCUUCCAUCUCCAACGGAAGGCCUUUCAGCAGCCCACUGUCGCCACCAGUAGAUGUGGCCGGCGAUCUCCUAUCACGGCGCCGUCCCUCCGAUGGCAGGCCUGCGGCUGCAGUGGCCGCCGAUGCCGCCGACGUCGGUGGCACCGAGCGUACAGCCGCAGGGCUGCGGCUGCAGCCGGCGGCGGCUGCUGCUGCCGCAGCCGGAGCUUUGCCUGCACCCGCGCCAGCACCUACACCCGCCACGGCCAGGCCCGGGCCCACUCAUCACGCAGAUGAGGCAGUGGCUGCAAUUGCUGCUAGGCGGGAGGCAUCGCACGGACUAGCGGCAGUGGGUCCAGCGGUGGGCACGGCGGGGCGGUCAGAGGACGCCAGCCUAGGAGAUGUGCUGAGGUGGCUGCUGGCGCUGAGCAAAGGGGGCGAGGCGGCAGAGCCGGCGGCUGCCGCUGCAGCAGCAGCGCUGGCACGGGCCGCUGGCGGCACAGCGUUUGCGGGCACAGAUGAGGGCGCUGGUCUUGGUGCUAGUGCUAUGGCGGCUGCCACGCUGCAGACGCUGUUGAAGCCGGUCAGGCCGCGCGAGGAGGACGAGCCAGAGACGGAUUGGCCGGAGCAUGCGCAGCGCCCGGCCAAGCGGGCGCGCGACCUGCCCUAGUGAUACUGGGUGUGUCGCUUUGGCGGCUUGGGCAAGCGAAAUACAUUGUGUAAUCGAGGUGUUGGGAGUGAUCAGGCGUAAUGCUUGAGGCAGGUACGGCGGUUAUUCAUUGCAUCAAGACCUGCUGUGGUCAACGCAGGAACGGGGCUGAUGGAGCAGGGGUGACGUUCUUUAUGGGUAUGGGUGAAUCGGUUGAUAUGGCCAUGCGAUGCGAGGCUUGUGGCUGAGGGUUGAGGCCUCUGCUGGAGUUAUCAGAACGCACAUCUUAUGAAUCUUGUACUGGGACAGAGGCCGUGGACAGAGGCGUGCUGAUAAGUAUCGCGCAUGCGCUGGGAUUGUUUUGGACUUUGGUAUUCCUUUGGAAGUCUUUUGCACUCAAAGCAGAUAACAGUGGCUGCUAUGGUAGCUAUGGCAGGAGAGUGGUAUCCUCAAUGUGACGCCCCCGUAAACAGCCCUUCACGUUAGUAACCACUGGCGUUGCCGGGAGGGGGGGGGCUUGGUGUUUUGCACACCCAUGUUGUACACACAAACAAAACCUGAUAAAGAAAUGGGUGUUUACGCAACAUCACGAGUAAAGAUUUAAGCAAGACGCUACAAGAAGGUAUGACGGCCUGUAGUAAUCAAUUUCAAGCACCAUGCAUAUGUAGCCUAAGGCGCGCUGCGUGUAGACCUGCCCCGUGAUGUGAUGCCAGGGCAUACAUGGCUUUCAAGUAGGGUAUGCUACCCACCUGCAGGGUAAACACCCCGGGUUAUUGCAAAAAGACAGUCUGUGUGGGCUCGCAAGGAGGUGUAUCCGACAUGGAAAUGGACCUUUGGGGAUGUGUGGGGUGUGUGUAUGAGGCAGGCAGGGCGCUGGCUAUGCAAGCUAGCUUUGCAAGGCCACGGCUGGGGUGUGGUCCCUGAGGCCGUGGGCGUUCGCUCCGGUCGAGGUAGCACGGCUGCGGGGUGCUGGAUGUGGAGAGCAAGGGGUAGCCUCACCUGCACACAAGCGCCCGUCACAUGAUGAUGUGCAAGUCAUUCAAGAGCACCUUAUUAAGAAUUGGGGGGAGGGGUUGCGCGAGCCUUUGUGCAGGCUUCCAUCAGACGCAGGGAAGGGUGACGUAGAUGAGGCCCGUUUGGAAUAUUGCCAGAAAGUAAAGCCGGUCCCAAGCCAGAUAAGUACACAGUGGUGGUGGUUGCUUACAGUGCUGCUUGCGGCCCGGUCGGAUGGCAGCUGUUGGGUGCGAUGUCGGUGAGGGGUUGUUACUGGGCCGGUUUGUUACCGUGUUUUGUUACUGAUGAGGCACGGUGUUACGAGUCAUUAUUGGGCCUACGUGUACCAGCAAGAUCGGCGAGGUCGGUCCCCGCACAACAUGUGUCGGGUGGCUGGCUUGUGACAAUGCGGCGGCCAGACCGCCAUGCCCAAGCUGAGAUGAAAGGCCAUGCGCCCAUGCACGGUUUGAGGAUAGCAAGUUGUGGACAGGCAGGCAGGUAUCGCAGUAUCGUAGUAGUAUUGCAGAGGCUAUGACGAAUGUGCAUAGUUUUGCGCGAGGUUGCGGCGGGUGGCAGGAUCGCCGCGCACAUGGGCAAACCUCGCGUUAUGUGUUGUAACGGUGCCCGUAC